GUGGAUGUCGGGGAGACGGCGGCCGCGCAAUCUUAACGCGACGGAAGUUUGAGGCGCGCGGGCGCUGGGAGCUGCGGCAUGUCGGGUCCGGGCUUGGUGGCCGGCGAAGUCGCCGUGGACGCCCUGCCCUAUUUCGACCAAGGCUACGAGGCUCCGGGCGUGCGGGAGGCGGCCGCGGCGCUGGUGGAGGAGGAGACGCGGCGCUACCGGCCCACCAAGAACUACCUGAGCUACCUGACGGCGCCCGACUACAGCGCUUUCGAGACUGAAAUAAUGCGGAAUGAAUUUGAACGCCUAGCAGCCCGACAGCCCAUAGAACUGUUGAGCAUGAAAAGAUAUGAGCUGCCUGCACCAUCCUCUGGGCAGAAGAAUGACAUCACAGCAUGGCAAGAGUGUGUUAAUAACUCAAUGGCUCAGCUGGAGCACCAGGCAGUCCGAAUUGAAAAUUUGGAGUUGAUGUCUCAGUAUGGCUGCAAUGCCUGGAAAGUGUAUAACGAGCAUUUAGUUCAUAUGAUUGAACAGGCACAAAAGGAGCUGCAGAGUUUGAGGAAACACAUUCAAGACCUUAACUGGCAGCGGAAGAACAUGCAGCUCACAGCUGGUGCUAAACUUCGAGAGAUGGAAUCUAUGUGGGUGUCCCUGGUCAGUAAAAACUAUGAGAUUGAACGAACUAUUGUGCAACUGGAAAAUGAAAUUUCUCAAAUCAAGCAGCAACAUGGAGAGGCAAACAAAGAAAACAUCCAACAGGACUUCUGAGACUUGCGUUGGCCUUUAGCUGCAAAACACAAAAACUGAAGUCUAUGCGUGGCUGUAAAUUCUAAUUUCUUCGUGGGGGGGGGGGGGCUGUCAUUUGUGCAACUGAUUGCUGAAAAACUGAUUGCAAGGAACAGAAGUGUUCCUAAAAGGAUUUACUGUGUUUCUCAAUUUCUGGCAUGAAUGUUGCAGAUUUUUUGUUUAUGUAUGUUUCCAGUUUUUUAAAAGAAAUAAAAAUAAAACAUUUUUCAACUUAAUUUGUGUUCUAGUAAAAACAAAGCAAUGAAAAGUUACUACUGGUAAGUUAUAUUAGAGGUGCCAGUGCUGCCAACUAUAGCUGUUAGGAAGGAAUACAAGCUUUUGGGUGUUAAAGGGUCUUUGUCAAAUCCGAUUUCUUCAGAGUUUCAAUUAUUUGCACUACUGUACCUCUUGACCAAGACAAACUUAAAAAAAAAUGUAACUUGCAUAUUUUUCAGAAAUAUACAAGGUGAGACCAAUAAAUGUAUCAUUCAGGAGUUUGUACAUCAAGCAGUUGGUUAAAAUUGUAUAACUGGU